AUGGCGGAAGGAGUUGAAAAUGCAUUGUGCAUUGUGUGUUUCUUAUCGCCAGGUUAUCAAGAGUCAGUUAACUGUAAGAAAGAGUUGACGUACGCUGAACAAUUGCGGAUACCUAUAUUACCAUGUAUCAUGGUACCAAACUGGAAACCAACCCAAUGGCUCGGUUUGUGCGUUAGCGAUCUUCUUUAUCUUCGUUUUGGAGAUUUAACAGAAGCAGAUCUAGAAUCAAAAUGCUCUGAUUUGAUUGCAAAAAUCAAACAAAUUGUCGGUGAUGAAAAACUGGCACUCAUUCAAGACUCAUCGAAUAUCAAGCUGGAAGAAUGUGAAAAUCAAACCCGUGAGCAAGAAAGCGGUGAUGAUAUCAUCGAUGCGAUGGCGAACAUUGAUUUUAGCGCAAAAAUUCCACCACCAAAGCGUCAAGGACCAGAAAUCUUGCAACCAUCCGAGAUAGCAGUUAAAAAGUAUGUUUGCGAAGGUGAUUCUGCUAUUCGACUGUUGAAUGGCCCCAACAAUAAAGUUGAAUGCAAUCAAGAUUGUUUCACUAGUAAUGGUGCAUUCAUAAAUUACUUUUUCAUACCAAAAAUAAUGUUUCAAAAUACCAGUAAAGAACCAGCAACGGUCAUCUAUUUAACAGGUGAAUAUCAAGAUCGAGAUGGCGUGUGGCAAGAAGUUGAACAAGUUCUCGUAGGCCCACCCACUGCAAAUGGUAACUAUACGUGGCUACCCGACACCGUAAUCAAUCUGGAUAGCUCGAGAGUCGUUACGUAUGCUGUUCGUAUUGAUAUUCGAGUAGAGGGCAAUACAGGCAUCGACAAUCAACGCCGUGCUCGAGCUCAUCGGAAGCUUCCUCAACCGCUUAAAAUUCGACUCACAGUACAAGAUACUGAAGGCAAACAAAGUAACCUCAUUGUUGAACAAGUAAACAGCCCACUUAGGCUACCCACUCGUGAAGCUCUAUUAAAACAGUGGUCUCACAUUGGUGAAGUGAUUGGUUUCGUUUAUGUUGAUGAUUGUGAAGAAGAUUCACGGUACUUCACGCUGGUUUAUCUAGAUUCAAAAUUCAGGUUAUGUCUUGCUAUUGGAGACUGCUUAUCAUUGAUACAAACACCGGUGAGUUGGGAUAGAAAACAGAUUAAAAGCUUACAAAAAGAAGCCAAAAUAUUAGGUCAAACAGAAAUAACCUUGAAAGAAAUGGAUCAAUACGGUGGCAUUCAUAAAGCAUUGUUUGAUUCUGAUACGUUUACACUAUACGCAGUCAACAUCGAGCUGACUUCAAAGACAUCAAAAACAGAAGAGCCAAUUCUAAUACCGUUGAACAAAGUUCGUUAA